AUGGAUUCAGAAGCAGACAUUAUAAGAAUCAUCAGCAUAAUUAAAAAGAAAUUGAAAACUUAUGAGGAAUUACAAGAAUUAGAUCGAUUGCUUAGCGAGCUUAAACCGCUGGAAAGUGCGGUUGAUGGGCUAACAAUGGCGAAUAGAAUGCUCUUAUUAAAUAGCUUUACAGCUGAGGAACUCGGAGAAAAUGAGGUAUUAUUUUCGAAGGGAGACCCAAGUGAUUGCAUAUACGUUAUAUUGUCAGGAUCCCUGCAGCUAUAUAACCACACUCUUAAAGACAAGGGAGAUAUGAUCCCUGGAAAUAUCCUAGGCAAAGGCACCAUCCUUGGAGAAAGAGGAAUUUUAAAAGACCUUCCAAGAAGUUUGACAGCCGUUGCUAUUGAACAUAUGUAUGUUCUUCGCCUAGAAGCUCAAAUAUUUAAAUCUCUUUUAGGAAAAGAAGUCAAUGCGAACAUGGAAACUAAAAGAAAAAUCGUUGAUCAAUAUAUUCCUGGUCUCGCUCAAAUUCCAGCACAACAAAGAGAAAGGCUUGCCUAUUUACUAGAUAUCGAGUAUUACAGCCGCGGAGUAAUUAUAGCUAAGCAAGGGUCUUUUAAUGAAAAAAUCCUGAUUAUCCUUGAAGGAGAGUGUAAGAUUUUUUUCCAACAAGGCCAGUACAAAAGAUUUUUAUCUACCCUUGAAAAGGGCUCUUGAAUUGGUGAAGAAAGCGCACUCUUUGACAAACCUUCAGCAUUUUCGGUAGUAGUCACUUCAGAGACACUAAAAGUAGCAAGGAUAAAGAAUUCUGAUAUAAAGCAGGUCUAUCCCAGUGCUACAGUCCAGCUUUUGAGAUCAUCUUAUAAUGCCCGUGAAAUAGCAAGGAAUAAGCUUGCUACUUUUUCACAUCCGUGCUUAACUCCGAGACCAUCUUUGCCUUCCUCGCCCAGGAAUUUUCCAUUAGCUACACCACAGGCGAAAGAAAAAAUGAACACUAUAAUUAAUAGAAUGCCACACAUAAGAAGCUCAACAUUGACAAAAGAGCUCAUGAAAUGCAAUUUAAAGGGCGAUAUUGAAAGCCAGGCCGAAACAAGGGCUUUUAGAAUUAUACUAUUCUGACCUGAUCUGUAUAAAAACAGCUUUAUCAUACAAAUCAUUAUAAUUAUCCUAAAAUAAUAUAGAAAAUCAUUUGCCCGAUGCAGAUCACAAGGAUUAAAUUCUUAA